CUGACUGUCCCGUUGCCAUGGGGACGAGGGCGAAGGUUGGCCGGCUGUGUGCUGAGGGAGCAAGUGAAGGAAGCCUGGGCGCAGCUUCGGCCACGUUCCUAGUGCUCCGACGGAGGCAAUGGCUCCUGGCCUGGACGUGCUGCCCUGAAGCCACCGGAGUCGCCAAAUCCGCAACUUUGCGGUUGGCAGAUCCGGCUCGACGUUUCUGGUUUUCCUAGGAUGGCAGACAGGGGAGGCGCCAUUGGAGAAGUUGGUGACCCACAGGCUUGAACUGAGGGAGAGAAGGGCCUGGAUCCCCUUUCCGGAAGUUACAAUGUGGUCGCUCAGCAGGGGCAGCCUAUGACUCGCAGGUGGUCUUUGAGCUGACAAACUCACAGCCGCUGAGGGAGCAGGAGCUGUCGGCGCAGCCAUUGGUACCUGUAUUGGGGAAACAUAGCAUACAAGCAAGAAGCUUACAGCCUCAGUGGCGAAAAAUUUUUCAUGUCAGAGACCAAGAACUCUUGCAGUUGUUUAUGUCAUCCCUUCUUCUCCAGACAGAAGAUACCAAAAAGUUGCAAUCAAAGAUCUGUUCAUCUUAUUGAUAAAGUCACUAAUAAGCCAAAAUGUCUGUCAACAUCAACCGCAGCGUGUCAGACCAGUUCUAUCGCUACAAGAUGCCCCGUUUGCUUGCUAAGGUUGAGGGCAAAGGAAAUGGAAUCAAGACAGUUAUAGUCAACAUGGUUGACGUUGCAAAGGCGCUUAAUCGGCCUCCAAAGUAUCCCACCAAAUAUUUUGGUUGUGAGCUGGGAGCACAGACCCAGUUUGAUGUUAAGAAUGACCGUUACAUUGUCAAUGGAUCUCAUGAGGCGAAUAAGCUGCAAGACAUGUUGGAUGGAUUCAUUAAAAAAAUUGUUCUCUGUCCUGAGUGUGAGAAUCCUGAAACAGAUCUGCAUGUCAAUCCAAAGAAGCAAACAGUAGGUAAUUCUUGUAAAGCCUGUGGGUACCGAGGCAUGCUUGACACACAUCAUAAACUCUGUACAUUCAUUCUCAAAAACCCACCUGAGAAUAGUGACAUUGGUACAGGAAAGAAAGAGAAAGAAAAGAAAAAUAGAAAGGGCAAGGACAAGGAAAAUGGCUCUGUAUCCACCAGUGAGACACCACCACCUCCACCACCAAAUGAAAUUAGUCCUCCACAUGCUGUGGAAGAAGAGGAAGAUGACGAUUGGGGGAAGGAUACAACUGAGGAAGCUCAAAGGCGCAGAAUGGAUGAAAUCAGUGACCAUGCAAAAGGUCUGAUACUUAGCGAUGAUUUGGAAAGAACUGUAGAAGAGCGUGUUAACAUCCUGUUUGAUUUUGUUAAGAAAAAGAAAGAAGAGGGCAUUAUUGAUUCAUCUGAUAAAGACAUUGUGGCUGAGGCAAAAUGACUGGAUAUAAAAGCCAUGGGCCUUCUCGUUUUGACAGAAGUUCUCUUUGAUGAAAUGAUAAGAGAGCAAAUCAAGAAAUACAGGUGCUAUUUUUUAAGAUUUUGUCGAAACAACAAAAAGGCCCAGCGGUACCUUUUUCAUGGUUUGGAAUGUGUGGUAGCAAUGCAUCAAGCUCAGUUGAUCGCCAAGAUUCCACAUAUCUUGAAGGAGAUGUAUGAUGUAGACCUUUUAGAAGAAGAGGUCAUUAUCAGCUGGUCAGAAAAGGCCUCUAAGAAAUAUGUCUCAAAAAAACUUGCCAAAGAGAUUCGUGUCAAAGCAGAACCAUUUAUUAAAUGGUUGAAGGAAGCGGAGGAGGAAUCUUCUGGUGGUGAGGAAGAAGACGAAGAUGAAAAUAUGGAGGUGGUAUAUUCGAAGACUGCCAGUGUACCAAAAGUUGAAACUGUGAAGUCUGACAACAAGGAUGACGACAUUGAUAUUGAUGCCAUUUAAAAGGAUGGAUGCAACUUAGCUUAACAGUAUAAUACUUCAAAUUUUUCUCCUUUAUCAGCCCAAGGGCAACAUGUAUGUGCAAGAGCUAAAGUGGCUUAACACCAUGGUACACUUGAUACUAAAAAGCUAUUACUGUGAGUGGUCUACAAUUAAGCCCAAUGAGACAUCUAGGGAGUCCAUACAUAUCAGUGAGCAGUUGUAGUUUGCUUAUUUAUACCAUGUUUCUUUUGGGAAAACUAGUGGUGGACACAUUUGGAUCACAUUCAUACAGUUAUAAAAAAUAAAGAUUUGAUUUUGGUCAUUCUUC